AAAUAAAUUUUUUUCUGCUUGUUAUAAAAAAAUGCUUAUAAUUAGAAUAUACUUCUUAGCUUAAUCCUCAGUUCACUAAGAGUUUCUUUAUAUUUCACGCAAUUCCGUAAAUUUUCUGUAAAUUUCCGUUUUAGAAGGUACAAAUUAUGACGGAGUACCGAUGGCGAAUUCGGCAACUUCAUCCUGACAAAUCGUUGAAACAAGUAUCGGAAAUAUUUCAUGAGUUGCAGAAAGCUAAGAAUAUUCUGACAGAUGAUGAGAUGAGGAGAAUAUACGACGCUUGGUUUGAUUGUUCCGUCAAUAUUCCUUGGUCAGUGUGGCUCGAAAAUUCUCACAGUUUUUCCGGUAUGCACUGGACACAUCGAGUUCACAAUUCACCAGCACUUAAAUAUCGAGAUGAGAAAACGAAAAUGGAAAAUUCAUUCAUAAACAGGAUAUCGAGUCAACAAUCCUUUUACCAUUCUUCAUUACUUAAAAGUUCAUAGAUUAUGAAAUUUAAUCCGAGUCAGUUGAAUUUUGUCUCUUGAAGUGAAAAUUUUUCGAGCGAAGUCCUCAACACUGUUACAGAAAACGUUUUGACAUCAGCCAAAACCAAAGAAAGGGAUUUCUUUUUGAUUAUUUGAUGCACAAUUUUCAGAUGCCCAGCCAAAC